GGUAUUAGACUUGGUGUAGAGUUUUUAGUAUGUCAUAUCGAAGCCUGUAAGUAGAUUACUUGGUAGUCUCAUAAGUCUUGCGGCCUUCCACAAAUACGGUCAUCGCAAAAAGCGUUGCCAAGAAAAAACAUGUCCACCUCACUGCAGAUAGGAAUACUUUAGCACUUCUUUUUUAGUAGAGUGCGAGUUAACCGAAGAAGAGCCGUCAAGACGUAGCUAGGUCGAACUGCAGAGCCGCAGAGCCCCAGAGCAUUGGCAAACGCGUCAUCGUCUUCCGUUAUUUUACGGCUAGUUUAUCCCUAUCCCGUGUGGAGUAUGCUGAGUGGGUUCCCCUUAGAAGUCAAGGGGAAAGUAAGGGGAAAAAGGGCAAUCCACUCAACCACGGAUAGUGAAGAACUAGCGUUAAUCACAAUACUCCCAAGUUCCUGAAUCAUCUGCUCCACAAUAGUACCGCAAUGACGUCAUCGAACAAGAGUGAGGUCGAGGUGCGUAUCGCUGAGGCCAAGAUCUAUUGUCCGCCGAAGCUCUUCCAGAACCUCUCCGAUGAACAUGGUAACGCAAUAGUGUGUCAGCCACUGCGCUUCGGCCCGGAAACUCGGCUGCACAUCACUGCACUCAUGGGAGGGAAAAUGACAUUGAAAAUUUCAGAAGAUGCAUAUACGGAGAAUCCAGCUCUGCAAGCCCUUUUGCCGCAACUGAACAAAGACCCAAGCAUCACUGGCAAGCAGUCUUCCGUGUUGUGUCACAAAGCACUCUUCCUUGCCGAGGUGCGGCCUUUGAAAUUACGGAACAUCAAACAUGCAGGUUGCACAUGCUCGUUACUUAUUGUAGAUUAAGGAUCGUAGUAAAUGGAGUAGAUUAGUUCAUCAUGUAAUGGAGUGGCUUUCUUCUAACAGCAGAAGAUGCCGUCAUUGGUUGGAAAUUGUUUUUCCGUGGCUCCGACUUGACGCCUGAAGUCGACCUCAAAUUUCAUACAAAAGAGGACGCGCGAAAGUGGCAGGGAGGCAUUUGGCAGCACAAGAAGGAUGUCGAGAACAUGAGAGCGCCAGGAGCAGCGGCCUCGAAAAUAAUUAAGGCCUGUGAGUAACUCCCGUAGACAUCGUUGUCCCGAGAAUUUUCGAUGUUGAUCGCCCAGGGUUCUGAAGAAAGGAGUGGAAUAUCUUGCCACUGCUGAAACAGUAGUUCUUGGCCCAUUUCCUUCAUCAUCCAGCUCUAAGACACACAGCUCCAGUAAAAGCAAGAGUUCUCUGCUCGAAACUGGGCCACCGGCGAAACAGAGGAGAAUAUCACCACCCAAGCCGAAAAGCACAUCAGGGUACUCAAUAUCUCUAAACAUUGAAUGCCAACAUCAUUUAUUCGACAGUUGAGUGUAAGUAGGGCAUUACGCUACAUUGAUGAUACGAUGUUUGUAAGCUAUAGACAUGUCUCCACAGCGCCAAACAUUGCAAACAGGUCCUUUACGAUUGGAACGGAUACUUUGCAUAAGCCUCAGCCGAGAGUAAGUCCAGCUCUGGCGAGUAUCCCUGCUCCCUCACGACAGUACGGAGCGGCUGGCGCUUACAACACGCCUGUUGUUCCGGACAGGGUAUCUGAAUACUUACCUUAAUAUCUUUCACUGGGGUAGAUGUAGAACUAGAAUUGUGCUUUUUGUAUUGCGUCCUCGCUGUUCAUCUUGUCUAUUUUGUUGAAAAAUCAUUAGAAGUUUCAAUUUUGUCACAAUAUAAAGUGCUAGUGGGUAGCGCCGCUAGUACCUGAAGAGACGCAAAGGUCGAAACACGCACUCCGCCCCGAGACCAUGCCUUACUAGAGCUGGCCUGUUUGCCUCACGGCUCGCACGGAUGAGCCAGCGACUGGGGUAGCGUUGCGCCUACCAUUGAUAAAGAAGUGUCGGCCGUACCUGCCCGCUGGGGUUGCCCUAGCUGGCUCAUCUAUAUAUGAUACAGGGACGCACGGCGCCCCGCCUGUGGAUGGCCCUGUGGUGGCGCUCGCGCGCUCUUUUCCGCGCAGCUUUUCGGGGGUUCUCGGGGUGAAAGGCGUCCCCUUGCGCCUCUCUGCCUGUUUCCUACAGACCUCCUGGCCCCUGCUGACCCUCGCAGGCUGGAGGCCUCCGGGGGAGAAGGCCGCCGAAGGCGGCCACGGUCUCAAGAGCAGGCAGGCUGAUGGCCAAGGACCCGGGGCGCACGGCUCAGGGGGUCCAGCCUUGCGCCUUUUCUUUGCCACCUUCGGAGGCCUUCCGCACCCGGCGCACUGCUGCAACGGCGAAGACUAUAGGACGCCUGUAGGGUACACGCAGGCAGCUGGAAGGGAGCGGGGGAGGCUCGUAGGGCCCCUUCUGAAGUCUUCCGCCCCCCGGCAGACGCCUUCAAAAGGGGCCCUGGGAUCCACGGCCCCGCCCCUUCGCUAGGGGGGGGGCGCUCCCCUGAGCCCUGGACCAUAUCCUUUUUUAAAGUUUAAGCGGAUAACCUAACCCCCUUUCCCACACCCGCCAUGACCGCUGGUCAUCGGUUAGUUGACUAUUUUCCCUUAAGCUAUUACUUCACAUCCAAGCCAAAUACUCAUAGCUGAUAUGAAGCAGCACGAUGGCAGUGGAAUAGGACCAGCAGCCACACUCGAAAAAAAAGUCAGCUACAAGUGGGUCUACAACUACAACUCUAAUCUAGUAUAAAGUUACCACUUCCACGCCACAACUAUAACCCUUGUCUUCCAGACUCGACUGUACCAGGAGACAGCCGAGAAAAAUCAUGCAGCUUUAUUCGCGAAGACAUUGCAAAAAAAUGGGCCAGUUUCCUCCUCGAACUAUCGUCGGGAUACCUCUUCUGCGGCUCUUUUAUCUUCGUCAUUAUGCUGGGAAACGGAAACUCUCAUUGUUGCUUAUCGGUCUUCGCUAUCUACUUUCAGUACAGACUUUCUUCUAUGUCUUCUCGAUCUUUCACCUAGCUUGAAUGUAGAGUACAUACUACAAGAAGGCUUUUUAAGAAUUUUUAUGUUUGCUAGAGCCUCCUUUCAUACUUUGGCCCGCCUGCAAGCCUGGGAGGUUGUCACGUACCUGGAUUCGUGCCUCCACCAUGUUCGGGUUCCACGACUUCCAGCACUAGCAGUUCUACGAUUACUGGUGCCGGGGGAAUGGUCAACCUCGGUAACACAUGCUUCUUCAAUGCAGUAUUACAGGCAAUCCGAAGUGUGGUCCGAUUUGUAGACACAUUGCGAGCAAAUAGACCACGUGGCUUUUUUGAUGGGGACGGCUUAAUUAGGUUGAAUGGAGUAGUGGAACAGGAUGGAGGUGGAACUGUUGGACCGACGCAUGUUGGAGGACAAGCACAAGCACAGGCACACGACUCCUCUGCGGGGGCAACAUCUUCAGGACCAACAUCUUCAGGACCAUCUACUACCACGGCACUACCGUCUGUUCCAGAACUGAAGCCUCUGGUAAAUGAAGCUCCUGGACCACUAACAGCGAAGCCUGAGGUGUUCGAUUUGAGUUCUCAAAUCGACGUGAGAUCGCAGGCUGAUGACUCCAGCAGAGCUCCCUCACCACGAAAAGGAGACCACAAAGAGGACAACGAAGCCAAGAACGUGGAUUCCGUGCCUACGCCGAUUCGAAAACGAACAGGUAAAAGUGAUAGCCCUGACUUGAUAUUGCUUGACGAAAGCAGUAGUGGCAUGGAAGGAGCAAGCUCGAACGCAGGAGCAGCAGCAGCUAGUGGAACAACAGCUGCUGGCGGUGUUAUUGUUGGGACUAGUGCGGCAAGCAGUUCGUCUUCAACAGUGAAGAAGAGGCUUUCUUCAUCCACGACAGACGCAGGAACUACGACCACAGCGGGAGUAGCAGUUUCUUCCAACCAACCGGCGACAGCGUUUGGAGCGGCCACUGCAUUUAGUCGGACGUCCAACGGAACAAGAGCCUCUGCAGAAGCACCAGGACUACAGAAGCAACAGGAACCUCUACAGGUGUACAGAAGUACCUCCACAACCACAGCCUCCACAUCAAUCGUACAAAUCUACGAGCAAUCCGUGAGUCUCUUCGCAUCUCUACAAGCAGACUCGAAAGCGGCGAACCCUAGAGAGUUGUUGCAAAGUAUAAGUUCGAAAAAUCCGAUGUUCGGCAAUCAUAUGCAACACGAUGCCCACGAAUUUUUCCUGGAGUACAUCAACCAACUUCACGACGCCCUGCUGCAUCGGGUCGAGGUAUUCUUGAAUAUGUUCCGUUGCUUCAUCAUGUUCUUCUGCUUCAUGUUCUUUUGCUUGUGGUUGUAAAACAAGCUGUAGCUGAUGGUGGAAUAAGUACAAGAUAAUAUCACAACUAGCACCGCCGAGUUUGUAGAAGUUCGAUUCACUAGUACUACUACGAAUCAAUAAGCACCAUUACAUCUUGUUCCGAAACCUGUAAUAGUGCUUUAUCUACAGGUCUUGCCAACCCUUUUGUUCGAUUCUGAAAUUUCGCUUGGCCUCGAGUGCGCUAGUUGCAAAAGGUGGAAAAGCGAAAAUGUGGAGAAGUUUCGAGAUUAUAGCGUAGACUUUCUACCCAUAACCGGAGUUCCUCAGAGUUUGGAAGCCAUGUUACAAGCCUAUUUUGCGGAGGAAAGUCUAGAAUAUCGGUGUCCACGGUGUCACGGAGAAGAAGAGGAUACCACCACUGCAGAACAGACAAAGAGUUUUGAACAAGAUAAUGCAGUAUGUCCAGCAAUAGGAGCUGUAGAACUUGGAACACGGAGUCCUCCACCAGGAGGCCAUGUUGCAUGUUCGGUGAGCGGUGGCAUAGAGAUCUAUCCCCCAAAAGACGAUCGCGAGGAUAGUAUGUCGAUAGCAGGAGAGAGGGGCGACCCGUCGUCGAGUGAAGUAGCUUUAUGGACAUUCGAACUUCUCGCCCACUUCUUACUUUGCUAUAAUCGUACAAUUCGAUUUUGUUUGCACUAGGUACAACUCAAUAAACUCGCGUAGCUUUGAAAUAACUCAAUCAUCUUCUAAUCCACUCAAGCAAAGUCGUCGCUUUGAAUCCGAGCCAGAAGAUGGUGACAGUGCGCAAGGCCAUUCGACAACCACCACACGCUUUAGCCUUGCAUUUAAAGCGGUUCAAGCCCGAUUUUAUAGCCAAACGGUUCGUAAAGAGGAGAGAAGAGGUACGCUGGCCACCGGAACUUGACUUGACGCCGUUUUUACAUCCUGAUUAUCUAGCGGAGCAAGAGGAGGAACAGAAGCGGAAAGAAGAAAAGAGGAGCAGGGGCAAUGUUAUGAACAUAAGGAUGAAAGAGUUGGUGAGUAUUGGAGACUAAAUAUGUCAUCACGAUGAUGUGAAUAACUCUUUGUGAAUGUGAUGCAAGUUCUAGUCUUGCUAGUUGCACAGGCAGGAAAGCGAUUCUAGUGCCAGUUUCGCGUGAGUGCUUUGGUUGAGAAAAUUUGAAAAAUCCUCUAAGUUUCCUGCAGACACGUCGACAGUACUGACGGAAGCGCAAAUGGCUAGUAUGACCGAAGAGGAGAUGCUUGCGUGGGCACUGAAACAAAGCGCUGACCAAUCUACGGACGAAAUCGAUGUUGGUAAUCCUGGGGACAAAAAAGCCGAUGGUCAAAACGACAGAGCUCUUACAAAAAAAGGUGCUCAGUAUCAAUUACAGAGUAUAGUGGCUCAUUCCGGAGAUACGCCACAUUGUGGGCAUUAUGUGACCUGGUGCCGUAGAUGGGAGACCUCGACGUGGAUAUGCUACAACGACAGCACAGCGUCAGAGCAUGACAACCUGCCAUUGUCGGUAAAGACACAAGCCUACAUUUUGUUGUAUCAGAAGAAAGACAUGAAAGAGUAAUAAAUAAUGCCUAGCUAAUAUGCUUAUGAUUUUUUGGAAUGUCUUUUCGUCGUCGUCAUGGAUGCAAGCAUCAGUCGCGAUAAGCGGUUGUUCUUGAAAUAAGUCUUGUCCUCUUUGAUAGUGAUCUUGGUCUUGAAAUAAGUCUUGUCCUCGUUGAUAGUGAUCGUGAUCCUCUUGAUUAUACAUGCAUCUACACAUCUUGCGAAUCAUAGGUUGACCCUUUUCCAUUUGCGCCUUUGCUUGCCUUGACAGCUUGUUUGAAUUUCUUGAUACGGAAUAAAACAUUGCGGAAAAUUGUUAGUCCAUGUUGGGUCGAUUCUAGCUUGGGAACAGCCACUGAGGAAGAUUCCUUAUCUCCUUCUGAGUGACUUCUUAGAACCAUAUGGACCUUCGGCUUCGCAAAAGACCAAAAGAAUGAAAUCAAAGAAAUGCCUUGAAGUUGAGGCCAAGUAAAAAAAUUCCUCAUCCUCUGAGAGCCUCUUACAUCUUCUCCGACGGAAGAACGACCAGAAUUAGUUCCGCGGAAAAAAAAUGACAAUCAGUCGUGGUGUUGGAAGACUUCUAACAAGACGAAAUAUCAAUGCGU